UCUUUCAACUCAUUUUUCUCUUAAAUUAAACUUUCUUAGAAUAUUAAACAAACUUCCCUCAAAUUUCUCUCCAAGAAAACCAAAAAAUGUGGAUGAGAAAGUUGAGAAUUUUAACACCCUUUUCACAAAAACUAUUAUUUACAAAAAGGGAAACAAUAACAAUUUCUUCUUCUUAUUGUAAACCCGAAUUUGAUUUUCAUACAGUAGAGCAAUUUUUUCCACAAUAUAUAAGAAGGGUUAAUUUUCGUGGAAAUAAUUUGGGUUUUUGUGGAAGGUCCCUUUUUAGUUGUGAAGCUGCUCAAAGAAAUUCUUGUUGGAAUUGUUGUAAUGCAAAGGCUUUUCUUGUUUGUACUGAUUGUGGAUGUGUUCAACCUGUGGAUCAUUCUGUUGAUUAUUUCAAGAUUUUUGGAUUGGAAAAGAAAUAUGGAAUUGAGGGGGAGAAUCUAGAGCGCACGUAUAAAGACUGGCAGAGGAAGCUGCAUCCAGACUUGGUUCAUACCAAAUCUCAGAAAGAAAGGGAGUAUGCUGCUGAACAAUCUGCUCGUGUCAUUGAUGCGUAUCGUACACUAACUGACCCAUUGUCAAGGGCAAUAUACAUUCUGAAGUUGGAAGAUGUGCAUGUGGAUGAAGAGGAAAAGAUUGAUGAUGUGGAGCUGCUGACCGAGAUGCUGGAAAUCAGGGAAACUGUUGAUGAAGCUGCUGACUCACAGGCACUUAAACAGAUUCAGGAGCAGUGCGGGGUUUGGACGAGUGGGCAAAUUCCGAUACAAGGAAAGUUCGAACAAUCAUCCAUCUCUUUUGCAGAUGCCUUACAAAGUAGAAAAUAUAUAGAAGCUUUGGCUGCGAUCCGAAGGAUGACUUACUACAAGCGUGCAAAUGAAGAGAUAGUGAAAAAGCUCUAGUCAAUGCAUGGAAGCAUGAAGCUGUGGUUUGGGACUGAAAAGCAACCAGGCCAAACCAAACGGACUCGAAUCAUCAGUAGGCCACAGAAGACGACGAUCAAUUCAUCUGGUGCAGUUGGGUUCGCUUGUUCCGGUGGAUCUAGUCACUUACCAUUCUUGCAAACACAACCUCAGAAUGUAUACACUGUUGAUCAACAAAACAAUUGCCAAGAACGUCGAUAGUAGUGUGCAGACCUGAUCUCUCAGUCAUUGAUGAAUGAUUCUGGUGGAUUUUGACCCUAUAGUUGCUACUUAUAUAAAAUGGAAACAGAAUAAGAACAUGUCGAAUCGACGAUUUGAAAUGUUGCAUUUGGAUGUAAAGGAUGUUCCUUGGAGUGACUGGAGUUUGAGAUGAGUUGUGGAUUAUUGCAACUCCAUUUUAAGGACUUAUAAGCUUUGCUUCUGUUA